GGAUUUAGCUCCAUUGGCAGCUUCAACGACGAUAUGUAUGAACAAUUUCAAUUUAUCAAUUUACUUGUCGAGACUUUCAACUCUUGUGCCCUUUCCAAUAACCAUCCUCUCGUAUAAAGAGAUGCGAUUUAUCCAUUCAUUACAUCCUGACUCAGAAUUUCUGAGACAGUUUUGGUCUGACAAAGACCGUAUGUGUUAAGCCGACGCUGCCCAUCCUCCUCCUCGUAGAGAUAUUUGCAUCUGAAGCGAAAAAAAGCGCAGUAAAUUUGGAAAGUGUAAAAUUUGUCCAGUUUGGGGUGCGUUUUAAAUUUGUGAUCGAUGUCUCACUUCUAUGAUCAAGCACUGAACUGAAUGCAUAUGAAUUUCUUUAUAUGAUCGACGAGAUUUUAAUACUUUAAGUAAGGUUUACAGGUCACUAACUUUGCGCGGAAUGAAAUUGCAGUGAAAAUUUCACCGCAACAACAAAAUAAAAUUUGAAUGAAAUUUGCGAGAAAUGAGUUAAUUUCACGCAAAUUCUAAAACUCAGUUUACAGGUCAUUUACUUUAAAUCCUACUUCCUACAUUAUUGGUUACUUGUUGAAGUAACCAUGACCAUUUUAAACGUCAUUUAUUCGAAUUUGAAAAUUUAUAUAACUUUUUCUGAACGUUGCCAUACUUGUUCUUAUGAAAACAAUAUACAAUAUGACCAAUAACCAGAAUUUUCACGUGAAAUAAUGUCCAAGCAUUUCACGGAAAUUUCAUCGAGUUUGAGUAAAAAUUACGCGUUGUUUUCACCGUUGACGUUCGAACCAUUUUGUGAAAUUUGCGUGAAAUUUUCACGCAAAGGCGAUUUCACGUGAAAAACAUGUGAUGUAAACCGCCCUUUAGGCAUAACAGUGCGACCCUUAACUCAAUGAAUGCACUAAAAUAAAGACUUGGAUCUCUAAUUAUAUCCAACGAAAUAUGUAUAACUCUUGAAAAUUGUAUGUGUCAAUAUUGGAUUAUGCACGCGUAUAUGCUUAUGUACGUCACUACACGAUCAGUUAUGUUUUCAAAGUCCCUUUAACAAGUACUAAAGAUGCUAGAAAUGUGAUUCAUAAUGAAUCAUUCAUUAAUACGUGUAUUACUUAAUACGUCACUAUUAAUCAGUAAUAAUGUUCAUGGCGUAAAUACGCGUCAUAAUCAUUUCAUAGAUUCAAUUAGAAGAAAAGUCUGCCGAACCUAUGUACAUAUUAUUCUAUACGCAAUCAAGGUUAACCUGUGAUGCUGGUUACUUAUUGGUUAUACACAAAUACAUCCUUCCAUGCGAUAUACCCUUAUGUAUAAAGACAAACCACUUGUGGAGACACACGUGUUACACUUGGCUAAGGAGUACGUAUAUAUUGAGUAGCCAAGAAAUAUACAGAUUUUCAUAUCUAUUUGUCACCCCGUAUCUUGUAUCCUGUCAAAACCACCCUUCUAAACCGAGGUUUCCGUGGCUUACAUUUAAGAAAAAUUCUUAUUUAUAUUUUAAACUCUGUAUAGAAUUUGUGAUUUGUUCCUGUUUGUACAUUGUUGCUGAAUUGAUCCAUAACAUAAAAAAAUGGGGGCAGAUCAAUCAGCAUUUGAACAACCUUUAUAUCCCCAGUCGAAGGAUCCCAUUUGCGCCACUGAGCCACGAUUUUGCCUCCCGCAGACCGUCCAGCUCCGCCUUCGGGAGAAACUCUGGUCCUUUUCGGGGGACGAUUUUAAGAUUACGGACGCUUCCAACAGGGAAUUUGUCUACUUCCAGUGUCAAGGACGAGUGUUCAGUCUGCGGGAGAAGAAGGUGUUACGGGACAACAUGGGUGUCCCCGUUCUGAACAUGAAAGAACAGCUCUUCUCGUUCACAGACAAGUUCAAAGUAUAUGCAGGAGAACAUUCGGAUCGAGAAAUUUGUAAGUUUAACAGCAAACUGACCUUUUUCAAAGCUAAGCUGUCAUCACAGUUCAUCGACGUUAUCAGCGGGCGUCCUCGUUUGAUUACCUUGAAGGGAGACUGGAGGGAAAAACGUUGCGUAAUUUAUUUGGGGGAACCGAAACAGGGAGGCAUCCCCAUUGCCAGAAUAUUCAGACCUUUAACUGGACGAUCCUUGUUGUUUGGAGUUGACGACUACAUAAUCGAAAUUGCUGGUGGGGUUGAUAUCGCACUAGCCGUGAUAAUGUGCAUCGCCUUAGAUGAGCACAGCAGAGACAGUAAUUAAAUUGUGUCAAUUUUUUUACCACCUUUUCGAAUCUCAAAUAUACUCGUACCACUAUUUAUUAAAACUGACCAGCAUUACUCUUAUCGUAAUAUGUAAAAAUGAACAAAUAUUUAUUACUUAUGAACUUAACAUGACAAACAAUAGAAUACUCGAAUGCACUAAAUUUAUUUUAAGUAUUAUUAUCAUGUUCCACUGUACUUACAUAUGUUACACUAAUAAUGGUAUUUAUAUUUAUAAUAAACUUUGAAAAUAUCAUGCCAAA